CUGACCUAAACUUAACAUACAUUAGGGUUUAGGCACCGCGCAUUUAGGAUGUUAGGGUUUUCCCUCGGCCUAUAGAUAUCGACCAAUAUGACGAACAUCACUUUGUCGAAGGGUUUUUCUCAAUAUCGAUAUCAGAGGAUGCAGCCUUGCAAGACUGAUUUGUGAGAGGAGUAAGGCAAGAUGUCGAAACGAGGUCGGGGAGGAAGUGCGGGAAAUAAGUUCCGGAUGUCACUGGGUCUUCCAGUGGCCGCCACCAUAAACUGUGCCGAUAACACGGGGGCCAAAAACCUCUAUAUCAUAAGUGUGAAGGGAAUAAAAGGGAGGCUUAACAGGCUCCCUGCAGCAUGCGUGGGCGACAUGGUGAUGGCCACUGUCAAGAAAGGUAAGCCUGAUCUGCGUAAGAAGGUCAUGCCAGCCGUCGUCGUUCGUCAGAGAAAGCCAUGGAGGCGAAAGGACGGCGUUUACAUGUACUUUGAAGACAACGCUGGAGUCAUUGUGAAUCCCAAAGGAGAAAUGAAAGGCUCUGCUAUCACAGGUCCUAUUGGCAAAGAGUGUGCUGAUUUAUGGCCUAGGAUUGCUAGUGCUGCAAAUGCUAUUGUGUAGGGUUGAUCUGGUGAUCUUCUGGUGUGCUUGACAACUUAUGCCAAGUUAGUUAUUUUGAAAAGAAAUAAUUUUGUAUAACAGUAUUCAUGUGAUAAAAUUUUGAUUUUUUUUGUAUUUUCAUAAAUAUGAACCAAGGUAUUAAUGAUUGUUUUGUU